UCGACAUUUUUUUAUUAUAGAAGCUAACUGCACGUAAAGACGAAAGACGAUUCGUAAACGGCGAUUUACUCUGUUCAAUAUCUUUGCACAACUGCUUUAAUCGAAAGCCCCCACCCCCACCACCUGUCACAUCUAAUCGUGAUUGCAUAUAAUGGAACUUUCAGAUCAGCAAGUUGAUGACUCUUCCUUGUCAUUAGAUACGAAUUAUUUACAAAUCUCAUGCAACUGGAAAAUCAGCAAUAAUAAACAGCUUCGUGAUGCUUUCACAUUAGAAGCUUCGUCUCUAGAAUUUACGAAAACUAACUUCGAAGAUAUAGUUUCUUUAAGUACAUGUAUAUCUUUACAACCAAUUGAAUCCAACAAUGAACCAUGUAUGCUAGAUGUAAGAUUAACUAAUGGGCAGAGAAUUUCCCAGAUUGCUGUAGUUUCUGAAGCUUAUGUAUUAGAAUUUUUUAAACAAUUUGGGGAAUAUGAAACAACGAAGUUCGCAGAAUUUGUAGAUGAAUUUGAAGACAAUUCAGUUUACUUUACAGAGACAGCAAUUUUUCCACAUGCUACAGAAGCUAGUAUUAAGUUUACAAAAACAAAAAGUAAAAAUUCAGUUAUGUGGAUAUAUGGUAUAAAGCUCUAUGUAACAGAGUCAAUUAACGAACCUAAAAGUUUUUCCACAGAAAUAUUUAAUCCUGAAAUAAUAAGAAAUUUCUUAACUAAACUUAAUUUUAACAAUGAAGGGAACAAUAUCACGGAUGAUGUCCAAUCAUGUUACAUGAAUAUUUUGAAUUUAUCAAAAAAUAAAGGUGUUCAGAAAAACAAUGAAGAAGAAGUGGCACAGUCUGCGAUUAAUAGUACUGUGUCAAAUAAUAUAGAUAUCGUGACAUAUAUUGAUAAGAAAUUUGAAGAUAUGGAAGGAAGAUUAAUGAAAAAAAUUGAUGAAAUGGAACAAAAAACAAAUGAAAAACUUGAUACUAUUUUAAGACAAUUAGAAACUCGAUGUAGUGUCAAGUGACCUUUAAUUCAUAUAAUUUAAAAGCAUAUUUGUAAAUAAUGACAAUAUAUAUUCAAUUCUGUAUGGAAUAUAUAUGCAAAAUAUACACAUA